UGGAGAUUUCUUUCUGUGGAGAUUAUGCUCUUGGCCUGCCUAUCAAUGGCACUUGGAUGAAUUUUGUGCUGAAAACAUCUCCGGCCUUCGGCAGCCCCAUUGACGGCCCACCAAACUGGGGAGGUGUUUUCGUUGCACUCUGCGGAGACUUUGUUG